GCUCUGGCUCGCUCCAAAACAGGCGUCAGAGUGUCGAAGUAGACCAUUAGCCCCUCCACUAGUACCUCAGGGCUAGUUCAGAGUGAGUGGACAAACCGCUGUGAGGUUCUGGACACUGGUAAGCCUACUGAGGGUCAGGGGUCUGAAGAAUGGGCUCGUUAAAGACCCUGUCAGGUGGACUGCUGCUGGGUUUAUGCCUCACCUUGCUGGGAUGGGGAGCUGAGGGACAAUGGAACGGACACCCCAAGAAGGAGAUAUUGGGCAGUGGCCCUAUCAACCUAGGCCAACAACAACGAGGCACCUGGUGGCCCCUGAUGCAGACCAGAGAAAACCUGACAGAGGUCAAAAGCAUCAAGUCCAUGUUCCAGUUCCGGACGUUUGACCCCGAGGGGGUGGUGUUCUAUGGGGACACCAGGGAGGGAGAGGACUGGUUUGUCCUGAUCCUCAGGAACGGCCUCCCAGAGAUGCAGAUUGGGAAAGCAGACAUCCUCGUCAGUGUGCAAGGGGGACCCAAACUCAACGACGGCAAGUGGCAUCUGGUGGAGAUCAGUAGCCAGGGGGAUUUUGUGGUGCUGGAGGUGGACGGCCAGAAGGCGUUGGUGGUGGGACUGAAGUCCAAAGAGACCAUGGAGGUUCUGACAGGCCAGAUCCGCCUCGCCCUCGGGGGGAUCCUGGUCAGCCUGGACAAGCUGUUCCUCCCGUUCCAGCCAGAGAUGGAUGGAUGUAUCCAGAAGGGGAACUGGCUAAACCUGAGCACCCCCUGGGAGACAGAGUUGAUUGGGGAGCCCUGGCCCUGCUACCAGAACAUCCAGCCAGGGAGCUAUUUCCCCGGCGCAGGACUGGCUGCAUUCAACACCACAGACCUCCCUGGCCACCAGACAGAGGAGGGUGGGAUUACUAUUGACAUCCAUGGAGACUCCACUAAAAUGGAAGGAACAGUUCUGAGCUUGAACACCCCUGGGCAGGAAUUACCCACAGUAACAGUGAAAAUCAACAAUAACCCAAAGAAAGUCAUACUGACCAUCCUCAAGCGUGACACCAUCACCGAACAGAGUUUCAGCAGACUGUCCCUAACCCUGGUGAAGAAUCAAGUGAACAUGGACAUCGAUGACACGCACCUAACAUUUGAGAUCGACAGUAUACCUGACUUUCCUAGAAGCUGGAAAGAGGGGAUGAUCCUUGCAUUUGGGGGGCUUCCAGGUGAUGGAGUGUCCUACAGUAGCAUCCAGUACCUGAAGGGCUGUCUGGAGAAGAUCCAGGUCCAGGGACAGGAUGUGGAUCUAGACCGGGCGCUGUACAAGGACCUCUCCGUUUCCUCCCAUAGUUGCCCCUCAGAAGUCUGAACCAAGGCUAUCCUGACAGAUCAGAUCUGUGAUGACUGUAUAGAUGUCAUUUAUCUCCAUCAAUCGCCCUUCCCUGGUCGCAUAAACCUAAUUACAAAUCCCCCCUCCCCCAUCUGCAUUUUAACUGGCCCAAUCAGUAUUCCUGUACACACAGUCCUAAUUUUAACCAUGGCUAAGAGAGGUUUGACCAUAGAAUUAGGAAUUAGAAUACUAGAAUGUAAAAUAAUCUUAUGAUGGUCCAUAGGUCAGCCAUGUUGGUGAGGGAGUUGGUCAACCAUGGUUUACCAGUGCUGUGAUAAUAUGUAUAAUAAUGAAUGUGAUGAAUUUAUCUGCACAGUAUGUGUGUUAGCUAGCAAGCCAGCCAGUUUUAGAGGAAUGAUUCCAUGAAGUGCUCUUAUUAACUGCCAAUAUGGCAACAUUCCAUUCAAACAAUACAGUCAAUCCACAGUCAUACACUGGCUGCAGUCAGUUGAUGAUAGGACUGUUAGACAAGUUGUAAAUGCAACAAGUACUGUUAUUGUAUGACUAUAUUAUAGGACAAUAUUGUAGGUUGACGAUAAUUUUAUUACGCAAUUUCUGACACAUCACAUGCCUUACUUUUAUGUUCCUACUUAAGCAAAAGCAGGAAAUGCAUCACCUUUGACUCUACUGCCAUUCAUUCCAAUUAGACUGGUUUUGGAUUUAUUCCUGACCAAGAUCACUGCCAUUUUGCCCCAUUCUGGAACUUUGAGGGUUUAUAACAUAGCCCCUCUAGUAAUUUAAUAAGAUCUCUAUGGGUUUGACAGUCUUUGUUUGCUUUUGACCAGGUUAUGGGGUGUAAAAUGAGCAGAUGAGAUGGGCCAUUGCUUUCUGAAUUUUCUGUCAAUAAAGAUACAUUGAGCUUGUGGUAGAUGA